AUGAAUGUGCGCCAGUCGGGCAGUCGAUUUGAUUGGGGCGGCUGCACCCUCGAAGCUUGGUCCGGCGCUGGCAUGAACUUUUUGACGACGGCUGUCAUCAUCGAAGAGGCGGACGAGAAGGCCAAAAACGCAGAGCAUGGCGGUGAUGACUACGGCAUGGGCAAGAUCAUGGGCCGCUUCGUCCUGGCACCACGAUGGAGUGAUGAAGAGGAAUGGGUCGUGAACCCUGAAGACCUCAAGAUCGACGAGUGGCAGAUCAUACAGAGGCUUGCUGGCUUGGGGUGCUUCUCAAUUCGGAGCAGCAAACGCAACGGGCGGAAAUAUACCCUUCCCCUUUUCUCCACUGGCUCGAAUCAUAUGAAGCCAGGCAGAGAGCUGGCGAACAUGAUUGAACUGGUAACACCACUGUAUUGGUUCAUUGGUGCCCGGAAAAGGGACAGACUGCGUAUACAGUAG